AAAUGGAGGCAGUUAAACAAAAACCACAACACUCAUUAAGAGCUUUGACAAUAAUGACAACAGGAUGCAACAUCUCCAACCAGAUCUCUCUUUACCACCUUUUGUUUGGUUUAGUUGAAUGUUUGGGGGUGUUUUUUUUUUUUUGCUUAAAUUUGGGUGAACUGCUCCUUUAAUUGCCAGCUUAUUUUCCUUAAUCAUUCUGUAUCUUUGACUUAGAGCUUUCACCCAAUCAGUGGAGAGAGAGAGGAGAGAGAGAGGAGAGAGAGAGAGGGAGGUGUUGUUGGUGGUGGAGGCGUGGCUGGCUGGCUGGCUGGUUUCUCAGCACCGCGGACAGCUCCUCUUCUCUUGUCUCUGGACUGCAGGGAAGCGACGCUGAGACACAUCUGGAUGACAGAACCACAUCCAUCCAUUAGAUUGAUCCGCCGUCGCACAGCAUCUUCUUCUUCUUCUUCUUCUCUCCUCUUCUUCUUCUCCUCGAUGGUUGUCUCGUUUUCCUUUCUGGCCUGACUGUGUGAGCCCAAUCGCGUUUAACUGCAUUGCCUCUGCGUCUCCUCCUCCUCCUCCUUCUCCUUCUCCUUCUCCUUCCUGUUACUGACAACCACAGCGCUGUCCAAAGUGCUUUCAUUUUUGGAGAGGGUUGGUGGAGUGGAUCGACUUGCUCCCAAGUUUCUUCUGAUCUGUGUGAUAAUAAACCUCGCUGCUCGGCUGGCUCCACCUUGGUUAUGUUGAGGGAUUGUGGGAUUUCUCUCCGAGCCUGGAGUGGACUUUAGGAUGCAGAGUGGAAAGAUGAAGUUGAGUAGUUUCCAGAUGUGAGAUAUAGGCGAGCUGCAUCUGCAACAUUGGCUGUGAUCCUCACAUCCAGGUGGCUCAGACGCAUUGUUAUUUUUGUGGACAACAGCCAAGAUGAGGUGCCUCUAUGACUUUUUUUUAAAUUGCACGUAAAAGAGAGAGAGAACCAGAGAGUGGUUUCUUUCACCCUGCUGCUGCUGCUGCUACUACUGCUGCAGGAAAGCGACGUUUUCUGUCUCCAAACGAGUCCUGCAUCAGAGAGGAGACAGGGAACUCUGGGAAGACACAAAGGGAAAGCAGAGAGAGGUCCUCUUAUAAUAUAAAAAAAAAAAGCAAAAGAUAGAAAAUGAGGAAGUUUCGGAAGGUGUUGGACGGGUUGACCACCUCCUCUCCUGGAGGGACUAUGAGUUCCCCAUCGGGCGGCAGCGCGGCUGGGACUCCCACAUCUGCACCAACUCCCAAGGAGAUCGACAUCCAGGAGACGCUAGUGUCUGAAAACUUUCAGCUGUGCAAGACGGUGCGCCAUGGUUUUCCUUACCAGCCCACUUCUUUGGCCUAUGACCCUGUGCAGAAGCUCCUGGCCAUUGGCACCAGGACAGGCGGCGUACGGAUACUGGGACGACCCGGAGUCGACUGCUACUGUCAGCAUGAGAGCGGAGCCGCUGUUCUUCAACUGCAGUUCCUCAUCAAUGAGGGAGCGCUGGUGACAGCCUGUGCAGAUGACACGCUUCACUUGUGGAAUCUCCGUCAGAGGCGACCGGCCGUCCUCCAUUCACUCAAAUUCAACAGAGAGAGGAUCACGUUUUGCCACCUUCCCUUUCAGAGUAAAUGGCUAUACGUGGGGACGGAGCGCGGGAACACACACAUCGUCAACAUCGAGUCCUUCGUUUUGUCUGGAUACGUCAUCAUGUGGAACAAGGCCAUAGAACUAUGUACUAAAACUCAUCCAGGACCUGUGGUUCAUUUGAGUGACAGCCCAAAGGAUGAAGGCAAGCUGCUUAUAGGGUUUGAGAGCGGGACGAUCAUACAAUGGGACCUCCGAGGCAAGAAGGCCGACUUCAGAAUCUACUACGAUGAGGCCAUCCAUUCAGUCGGCUGGCAUCAUGAAGGGAAGCAGUUCAUGUGCAGUCACUCAGACGGCAGCCUGUCGAUGUGGAACCUCCGAAACACCACCAAGCCAUUCCAGGUCACCUUUCCUCACGGAAAGAUCCAGAAGGAUGGGAGAAAGGAGUCAUGUAAACCUAUACUCAAAGUGGAGUACAAGACCUCGAGGAACAGCGAGCCUUUUGUUAUCUUCUCUGGGGGCCUUUCAUAUGACAAGGCAGGGCGGCGGCCUACGUUAACCAUCAUGCACGGCAAGGCCAUCACCGUGCUGGAGAUGGACUAUCCUAUUGUAGAGUUCAUGGCGCUCUGCGAGACUCCUUACAACAACGAGGUCCAGGAGCCGUACGCAGUGGUGGUGCUUCUGGAGAAGGACUUAAUCGUGGUUGAUCUGACACAGAGCAACUUCCCUGUCUUUGAGAACCCUUACCCCAUGGACGUUCACGAGUCUCCAGUUACCUGCACGGCCUAUUUUGCAGACUGUCCGCCCGACAUUAUCCCCAUCCUCUACUCGAUAGGAGCUAAACACAAGAAGACCGGCUACAGCCAAAAGGAGUGGCCAGUCGCCGGAGGAUUGUGGACGUUAGGCUCCCACACCUACCCAGAGAUCAUCGUCACAGGACACGCUGACGGAUCAAUUAAGUUUUGGGACGCAUCUGCAAUCACACUACAGAUGUUGUACAAGCUGAAGACCUCCAAAGCGUUUGAGAAGCCAAAGCCAGUUGAGGGCCGGGCGGCCGAGUUGGUGGAGGAAGACCCCUUCGCCAUUCAGAUGGUCAACUGGUGUACCCAGAGUCGCAUCUUCUGUGUGGUUGGCAUCUCGUCCCACAUCAUCCUGUAUCGCUUCAGCAAAUACGAUGCCAACACUCAGAUAGUGUCACUAGAGGUGCGUCUUCAGUGUGAGGCGGAGGAUGUCAUCUCUCCGUCCGACAAUGAAAACAACCCCUGCUUCUCAGAGUCCAGCCCCCACUCACCCCAACACCCAGCUAGCCCCGGCAGUCGGACACCCGAGGGGAACAAAGACAGCCUCCCCUGCCUUAAGGUGAAGGACCGGAUGGUUCGGGUUCCUCCUGGCUACCAGGCGGAGCUGGUCAUCCAGCUGCUGUGGGUAGACGGAGAACCUCCACAACAGAUCACCAGCCUGGACAUCAACUCUGCCUAUGGCCUUCUGGCGUUUGGGAACUGUAAUGGCCUAGCGGUGGUGGACUACUUGCAGAAAACCAUCCUCUUGUGUAUGUCGACACUGGAUCUGUACGGAGCCGCCGACCCUUACCAGCGCCUUACCCGCUCCCCCCGCAGGAACAGACAGUCCACCUCAGAGUUUUGCAUGCGCGGCCUGUCUAACUUUUAUUCAGACUCAAAGAAAAGGAUCCGUACAUCCUAUCAGAGCCUUACUGAACUCUCUGACAACCAGCAGUCCAUCGACAUGGAGAGAAGCAAGUCGCCCACUUCAGCUCAUUACCCAACCUCCCUUCACAAUGACCCACGCGUCCUGCCAGAGCCUGUGGCCAGUCUGAGAGCCAGCCACUGCAGUCCAGUCUUUUACUUGCUGGACAAUGUAAAGGGACCCGGCAGAAAGUUAAGUCUGCCAACAGAUCUUAAGACUGAUCUUGAUCAUGUCAAUGGACAUUGCACUAGCCCCACCUCCCAGCCCUGCUCGGCAGGGAAGCCUCGCGUCCCGGUGGGUCCCGAGGGGCCACGGCUUACCCGCAGAGGCCCUGGCCGACCGCCCUUCCGCAAGGCCCAGUCCGCUGCUUGCAUGGAGAUCUCUUUGCCUGUGUCCCACACUGAAGGUUAUGCAUCCAGGAGGGCAAUGCUUCAGCAGUUACACGGAGUCGCUAUGUACUCCCACGACGAGCACCACUCCAGCGCCCCCUACUGCUGGAGCGAGAAAGAGAGUCGUGAAAACUCCUUCAGCCGCUCACGCAGCUCCAGCGUGUCCAGCAUCGACCGGGACACCAAAGAGGCUAUCACCACGCUGCAGUUCGGAGAGUCUUACGGGCGCAAGAGUGACGCCCUGCCCACCCCGUGUCUGUGGGUGGGCACCAGCUUAGGCGUGGUCCUGCUCAUCCCAAUGUCCAUUCCCAUCGAACACGAGGAGAGGAUGGAGGAACCGGUGACCAUUGGCCCCAGCGGCACGGUCCUGAUGCUGAAGGGCUCAGUGUUGCGCCUUAGCUUCUUGGACUGCAUGGGAGCGCUCAUCCAGAGUCCCUACGAGGUCUGGCGGGACCUCAAUUUCUCCGAGGACUCUGACCGACAGUGUAAGCGUAAGCUGGUCCACUUUUCACCGUCAUCCUCCCAGGAGACCCUGGGAGAGGGACAUCUGGCUGUGGCGUGCUCCGAGAGGCAGGCCAAAGUGUUCCUGAUGCCCUCGCAGUCCUGCCUCUUCGUCCACAACAUCACCGAGUCGUCCUUUGUGCUGCGAGCCGACGUGGUGACCGUGUCCAACAGUGUGUGCCUGGCCUGCUUCUGUGCCAACGGACACGUUAUGACACUCAGUUUGCCCAGUCUAAGACCGCUGAUGGAUGUCAAUUACCUGCCUAUGACUGACAUGCGUAUUGCAAGAACCUUUUGCUUCACCAACGGGGGGCAGGCGCUCUAUCUCAGCUCCCCGACAGAGAUCCAGAGAAUCACAUACAGCCAGGAGAUGUGUGACAACCUGCAGGAGAUGCUGGGGGAGCUGUUUACACCAAUAGAAACACCAGAAGCCCAGAACAGAGGCUUCCUAAAGGGCUUCUUUGGAGGAAAUUCCCAUAACUUCGACAGAGAGGAGCUCUUUGGCGAGGCAGCAGCUGGGAAGGGCUCUCGGAGUCUGGCCCAGCACAUCCCUGGGCAGGCGGGGAUGGAGGGCAUGAAGAUCGCGGCUGGCGGAGUUGUGGGUGAGCUGGCACGAGCCCGCAUCGCUCUGGAUGAGAGAGGCCAGAGGCUGGGGGAGCUAGAGGACCGGACCGCCCUCAUGAUGUCCAGCGCAGACACCUUCUCCAAACACGCUCAUGAGCUGAUGCUAAAGUGCAAGGACAAGAAGUGGUACCAGUUCUAAUAGCAAAGAGGACUGACGCUGCCCUUGGACUGCUGGGAGCUUUAUGCCGGAACAGGGACUUUCACUCUAUAAAUGAGAGCAAUUAAAAGAGAGACUCAAGAGUGACUUUCUCUUUUACGGCUUCUGGACGGGCUGCGGCACCGUUGAAGGACGAGGACGUGUUAGUUCCUUGUCUAGACACGUAGUGAUGAGAGACAGGAAGAGAAUGGCGAAUGGCGGCAUUUAAGGGACUGAAGAUGGAACUGGAAAUAUCCGACAAGUCUGUCUGUGUGUUUGCGUGUGUUUGGUUGUGUGUGUGUUUGUGUGAUUGCGUGUGUUUGUGUGUGUGUGUGUGUGUGUGUGUGUUUGGUUGGGUUUUCAGGACCUCACUGUGUAGAUACUCAAAAAGUUAAGAAACCAACAAGAAAUGCAUGAAAACAAAAAUGGAUGACUAUUAAAAAAUAUCCAACUGCCAUAUUAAUAAAAAGCAGCAUGCUACUUUAACAGGAUACACAAAUAAAAAGUUUUAUUUAAUGAUGUAAGCCAACAACAGAAACUAUGAAAAACUUUAUAUUUUUUGAAAUAUUGACAAAAAACUAUAUAUAAAAAGGGAAAUGUAUACCUGCAUCGCUAUUAAGCCAAAACUUGUGUUCCUUUCCCUUUUUUUUUUAUUUUAUUUUUGGUUAAUUGUUUUUUCUUAGUCUCAGCAAAUAUUUAACGCCACAAUAUAGAUGCACAUAGUUAGCUUUCUCUACACACACUUAGACUAAUGUUGAUGUUCUUAACAACUACUCUGGGCUGCACAGUGCAAACACAAAUCAGUAGUAUUUUACACUUGCCUGUGCGCACUCUAAUCACACUAAUUCCCGGCUGCUGCUACUUACAAAAGCAUUAAAUGACGAUGAGGAAUAUCUCACUCCCCAACUACAGUUGUAUGAAAACAGAGAACAGACUGGUGUGAGACGUAUUCAAAGGCUCUGGACACAGUGUGUUUAUAGCUAUAUAUACUAUUCACGUGCCAUAAAAAACAAGACGAGUGAAUGCACUCGCUGUAAACUAACUAACAAAGAGCUAAUAAUGUGGUAGUCAUCGUGUGUUUGAUCAGAACAGAUGAGACGUAGUGCUCGGAGUCGGCCAUAGAGGGCAUUUAUCAAAGUCAAAUAAGUCAGUUUUCUUUAUGAAAAAAUAAGAGGGUGUUUUUUUUAUUUAUUUUUUGCUGGUUCACCAUUUCAGUCUUUAGCUGCCUUUGUCAGAGUUAGGUUGUGUGAGUGUGUGUGUGUGAGAGAGAGAGAGAAAGAGUGCCACAAAUGUUAAGCAACUCUUUCUCCGCCAAAGCAAUCAAAAAUGAAUGACACCCUCCCAUCUCUCUCCACCUUAGAAGUUGUGGUUUUAUGCGUUUUAAACCUGAGCGGUCCUCUUUUCAUGAUCACAAACAAUAAUUUUAAUGAUUGUCAACAACGUCUUUGUGACGGGAGUACGAAGAGGAGUUCAUAACCGCCACCUUGUGAAUCAGUAAAAAGGUUCAGGAGAAGUAACAGUAUUUUUUUUCAGUGAUGUUCAGAUGUGAGUCAGUGAAGAAACUAUGUACAUGUGUAAAACAUUCACAAACGAUUUCAACUGAAGGUUCUUUUUUUUCGUUCAAUAUUGUUCUUGAUGACUAUGAUAUCCUCUUGUCGCAGUCCUAUAUUUGAUGGUGAUAGCCUCUCUCAACCGAAGGCUGUUGUAUGUUUAAAAACAACAAAAAUGUUUCAUGAUACAUGGUCGUGUAUCAUAUUGUGAUUGUGUUGUACAUGUCGAUGGGUAGCCACAUGACACGGGCAAACAGCAUUAAUGAGGAGGAUAUUUUGUACUUGUGUAUUUGUCUGUAUUUUGAAUUGAAACCAAACAGAGGAUUAUUGAUAUCCAUUUCUCACACAUCAGGCCUUUAUGCACACGAGCAUUAACACGUAGAAAGUGUUGCGCCUUGGUCAUGUUGACGUCACUCCCACGUAAAAUAUGCACAGCGACACAUGCGCUCAAAACCUAAAAAAUAUAACAAGUAUCUGCAUCGCUAGUCAUUUAUGCCUGCUUCCUGUCAGGCUCCUUAUUAGGCUUUACAGUAAAUGGCCUUCAGACUCAUUUGUUUUCACCAAACCCAAGUCACCUGAAAUCCUAAUUCACACGGAUUUCAGGAGUAACACAUGAUUUGAUUCAAUGAGGUGUCUUAAAAACAUGUAAAAAAAAAAUAAUAAAUUUCUCUCCUAUCUCUGUACCGUCAAUGAGAUUUGUGUUCAGUGCAGUUCUUUCAAUGGCAGAGAAAAACACACAAAAAAACAAAAAAUAAAAUAAUUAAAAAAAAAAAAAUCUGACUUCUACUGACAGGGUGUUUUGUUAGUAUGUUUUCGGUUUGUAUGUUUUUGGUUUUUAUAUUAACUGUACAGCUCAAUCUUGGAAGAAAGGUGAAACAAAAAAAAAAAAGCUAAAAGAUAAAGACAUUGUUGGGAUAUUUUUCUCUGUAUAUGUUGUACCUGUUACUGCUGGUACUGUAUCUGGUAUUCUGGCUCUGUCUAAAUCACUGGAACUCUGUCGUUCUUCACACUGUAGUAUCCUGAAAAAAGCAUUUCUCUGGUUUUCUCAAUGAUGGCAGCAAAGUUUGUCUUAUUUAAAUGGAUUCUACCACUUUUUGUUCUUAUUGAUAUUAUACUAGUGUAAUAGAAAUUACUUGACAAAAAAGAACUGAAAAUAUGUUGAUGCAAAAGCAAACUGAAAUAAACAUUGAUUGAUGUACACAGUU